GUGAAGUUACCAAUGCCCUAAAAAAGCUCAAUGCCAUUCCAACAAUUAUACAAAAGCUCUCACCUGAAGAGGGCGUGGUUGUCCAUGAGUUUGCAACACUGUGCCUUGCCUCUCUCUCAGUGGAUUCCACUUGCCAAGACCAGAUCUACAACAACAAUGGUAUACCACCUAUAAUCAAACUCCUAACCAGCCCGGACCCAGAUGUUACAAAGAACUCACUAGAGAUCAUCUUCAACCUAGUUCAGGAAAACAAAAGCCUCCAGGCGGUCCAUGAGUUAGGUGGCCUCCCCUCUCUUCUGGAGCUGCUUAAAUCAAACUUUCCUGUCAUCCAGCAUUUGGCUUUAAAGACGCUGAAAUGUGUCACAGUUGAUAAGGUUGCACAACAAACAUUUAGGAAGGAGCAGGGAUUAGAGAAGCUCAUGAAUCUUCUCGACAAUAAGGAUUUUACCGACCUACAUGCUGAGGCCUUACAUGUUGUAGCAAACUGUUUGAAUGAUCAUAAGACUCUUCAGCUGAUCCAUGACAACUGGGGCCUUGUAAGGCUGAUGGACUUUGUGAAGACGCCCAACACACCUAUAAUCCAAUCCAUUGCUUUAAAAUGCCUCAGCAAGGCAGCUCUGAGCUCUGAAUGCCACAAAAUUCUCCAUGAGAAGGAUGUAGAGAGUACGUUAGUAGAGCUUCUGUCUGUGGUUGACGACAGUGUGAGAGCUGCUGCCUGUCAGGCUAUGGCUGCAAUGAGCGUACACACAACCAGCAAAGACAACUUCAGAGACUUGGGUGGUCUCCCUCUUGUGGUGCAACAGGUGAGUAGUGAGAACUUGGAGCUAAGAGAGGCAGCGACCCAGGCUCUCUCAAGACUGACACGUAGCAACACCCCCAAUGCACUCGCGGUGUAUGAAGCAGGGGGCCAUGAGGUCCUCAUCCAGCAGCUGAGCGGAAACUCUGCAAGGACAGUGGCCAACUCUACUGCCACUCUUUGUAACAUGGCAGAACAGGAGAUGAUCCGGUCCAGUAUUCUAUCUCAUGGAGGCAUAGAGGCUCUGGUUGAAGCCUUAAAGUCCAAAGAUACAGAGGCUCUUGUAAACACUGCCCUGUGUGUGGCAAUGCUGGCCUCCGACAAAGAUGCAAAGGAAAAGCUUGAAAAAGCUGGAGGUCUUCAGGCGCUCGUCACUCUGCUAAAUUCCAACGACAAGGAUCUGCUGCAAAAUGCAUGCUUUGCAGUGAAUGUUUGUGCUGGGGACACUUCUUGUGCAGUGAAGCUGUGUAGACUUGGGGCUUUGGAGAUACUUCAGGAAAUCAACCAGUCUGUGAAGCUUAGAACCAAUUUCAGCAAGUGGGCCAUGAGCAGCCUGCUGAACUCCAACUUGCCUGUUAAAUACAGCCUGAUGGGACAUUUGGCCUCCACUGACAUUAUUACAAGUGGCUUCUAUGAUGCUGGGAAGGCCAGUUUGGCCCACAAAGUUCUGACUUUGGAGGAGCUGUCCAUGCAGCCAGUGAACCUGCAGCGGGCUGUUAUUGUUAUCAACAUCGCAGCAGAAAAGAAAAAGAAGGAAGACAAAAAUAAAAGACCUCCAACAGCGAAACAACAGAAGAUGGUGGAGGAUGUUUCCCUAGAAAUGCUUAUCAAAGAAGCCCAAGACUCCAUCCUUCCACUGAAAGAUGAGGAAGAGCAGUAUGCUGCCCUGGCCAGGUUGGUGAGUGAGGCCAUGGGUGGAGCAGUGGCCAAGGAGAGUCUGCACCAAUUUGGGUGGACGCUGCAUCACAGUGAGCUCAAGUUUCAGCUCAAGUCUAACAUUAUUCCCAUCGGUUUGAUAAGAAAGGGGAUCUACCUCCACAGAGCCCUUCUUUUCAAGUGUCUUUCCGAUUGCAUGGAAAUGAGCUGUACUCUUGUUCGUGGUGAAUACAACCGGGCCUGGAAUGAAGUGAUUCUUUUUAGUAAGGACUCUUCGUUUCCAAGGCCACCGCCACGCCGCUACAUAGUGGACCUGAUGCAUCAACCUGGAACCUUACUGCCAGUCGAUACACCUGCUGCUGUGAAGUAUCAGACUAUAUAGUUCAAUGUAAAUACAAACAGUUCUGUUUUACUUACUUUUUCAAAAUUGAAUGAACUACAGAACCUAAUCUUAAAAUAAACAAGUUACACCUACUUGUGUCUAUUUAUUUAUUUAUAUUUAUUUUGGCAUGUAGUAGUCACUGGGAUGUAUCUUUUUAAUUACAGCAAAUAACCAAAAAACAAUAAAAUAGCCCUUAGAGUGCAGGUCUGCAGCUGGACUCUCUUGAAGAAAGGGAAGACUUUCUCCACCAUUUGUGCUUAUAUCAAUGACUUUUGUUAAACAUGACUUCUGUUCAUACUUAAAUAUGCUUUUUUGUUUCUUUUUGUACACUUUCUAAGUAACAUUCCUCCUCGGAUUAGAACCGGGUGAUCAAUCAGGUGAUUAAACUCCUCCUCAGACUUUUUUCUCCUUUAGUUUUAAAGGUAGAAGAAGAUAAAGUGCUUGGAUUAAAUGUUUACUGUAACAGAUGCAUCUCCAGCUAACCCAGAGGUUUUUUACAAUAGGUGUAAAAUUCAUGUUCUAAGUUAGAAAUACGCAGCAAAUCCAGAUAUCCAGAAGGUUUACAGUGAGGUGUAGCAUAAGUUAAUGGUUCAGUUUUUACAUACCAUAAACUCUGAGGUUGAUAAACAGACCCUGCUUAAUUCCAGUUGUAGUACUAAUGAGGCACAAGUAUCUGCCCUCAUCCUGAAUCUUCACCGCCCUAAGAUUAAGUGAGAAGUUCUGCUUUGAAGCAGGUCCUUAAACAGGGAGGUUCUGCCAACCACAGUUUUAGUAUAAAAGCAUCU